UUCUUUAAUUGUUUUGUUUUUCUCCUAGUAAAUUCCUCAUCUAUGCCUGUCUACUGCUGUUCUCUGUGUUGCUGGCCCUUCGUCUAGAUGGCAUCAUUCAGUGGAGUUACUGGGCUGUUUUUGCUCCAAUAUGGCUGUGGAAGUUAAUGGUCAUUGUUGGAGCCUCAGUUGGAACUGGAGUCUGGGCACGAAAUCCCCAGUAUCGAGCAGAAGGGGAAACGUGUGUGGAGUUCAAAGCCAUGCUAAUUGCAGUGGGCAUCCACUUGCUGCUGCUGAUGUUUGAAGUGCUGGUGUGCGACAGAAUUGAGAGAGGAAGCCACUUCUGGCUCCUGGUCUUCAUGCCACUCUUCUUCGUUUCUCCCGUGUCUGUGGCAGCUUGUGUUUGGGGCUUUCGCCAUGACAGGUCGCUGGAGUUAGAAAUCCUGUGUUCUGUCAACAUUCUCCAGUUUAUAUUCAUUGCCUUAAGACUGGACAAGAUCAUUCACUGGCCCUGGCUUGUUGUGUGUGUCCCCCUGUGGAUUCUUAUGUCCUUUCUGUGUCUGGUGGUCCUCUACUACAUCGUGUGGUCUGUCCUGUUCCUGCGCUCCAUGGAUGUGAUCGCAGAGCAGAGGAGGACACACAUCACCAUGGCGCUAAGCUGGAUGACCAUCGUGGUGCCACUCCUUACUUUUGAGAUCCUGCUUGUUCAUAAGCUGGAUGGCCACAACGCGUUCUCCUGUAUCCCCAUAUUUGUCCCCCUUUGGCUUUCCUUGAUCACUCUGAUGGCAACUACCUUCGGACAGAAAGGCGGAAACCACUGGUGGUUUGGGAUUCGCAAGGAUUUCUGUCAGUUUCUGCUUGAAAUCUGCCCGUUUUUGAGAGAAUAUGGAAACAUCUCCUACGACCUCCACCAUGAAGGUAGUGAGGAAACUGAAGAAACGCCAGUUCCAGAACCUCCUAAGAUCGCUCCUAUGUUUCGAAAGAAGACCCGGGUGGUUAUCACCCAGAGCCCUGGGAAGUACGUCCUCCCACCUCCCAAAUUAAAUAUCGAAAUGCCAGAUUAGACCAUGCUCCCAGGGCAGAUCAAGAGUGCACCUGACCCCCCCCCUCUUUUCCACCUUUUUCUGCCUCUCCGUUCACCCCCUCCCUCCCACCCUGAACUGGAGCUGGAGCUGGAGCUGGGUCUCCAGGGACUUCCAUCUCAUGCCUUGUUUGCACUCAAUGCCUACCCAGUGACUCACCACCACGGGACACGCGGCUGGCAGAUGCCUGGAACAUGCAGCGUGGUGUGGGGUGCACAUCAGCAGCUUUGGACCUGAUGGAGCAUAUGGAGAUAGAGGAAGCAACUCCCUGUGGGCAGGUGCCUUCAGAGCUGGCUUGGGCCCGAGAAGGAAUGGCCACACAGCUGGUUUUCUAAGUGUGAAAAUUCCCAUCAAAAGUGUUAUUGAAAAAUGUAUUAUUGAACCAAGCCAGCCUGGCCACUUAGCUCAGAAACUCCUGUUGUGAUGUGGUCAGGGGCCCUAACUAGGCCUCAGGCCUCACAUGCACCCACACUGCUGUGAUUGGCCGUGCUCCUGCCAUGCACAUCAUUUCUCUCUGGGUUUUUACUGACCCCGUUGGUGAGCCCUUUCUAAUGGAGUGACUGUGCCUGUAUAGUAUUUAUACAAAUAUUUUAGCGUUGUAAUAUACCGUGUUAAAUCCUAGUUCUGUACAGUAUAUUCUGUUAAAGUAUUUUUUUACAAGCUUGUACUGGAGACAUACAUGUUCUGUUGCAGAAGUAGAAGCCAGUAGCACCACACCCCUGUCCUAACCACUGGAGUGCUAUCCCCUUCAUGGGACAGUGCCAUCUCCUCUUCAGUUUCUCCAUAUACAUAGUAGUUCCUGCUGCCAGAACCACCACAGUAAGCAAGAAACGGUUUGUACUUUUUCUACCAUAACUGGGAAUACUGACUUGCAGAAAACCGUAAAGCACGCCUGGAAACUGGAACGCUGGACAAGGGUGCCAAGACUAGGAAUGUCCAGCAGCGUGUACAGGUUGAGAUGUGGGGCUUGUUGUCCAUUGCACGGUGGACCUAUGCUUUUAGCUAGGAGCUUGGGGUAUAACUAAGAGUCAGAAGGAAAAAAGCAAAUGUGAUACAAACAAGAUGGCCAUGAGUAGAAGAGGGUAAAAGGAGCCCCAGCUUUGUCACCCAGGAGCAGGGGAGAGGGGGAGAGAGGGCAACUGCUACCUUGUGUAAACCGGGUUCCGCUGAUGUACACUGCACCCACCAUUCCAUCCUGGCACCAGCCUGGAGCAAGCCUGUGCUAUCUGCAGGGGGACACUUGGAAUGGUGUUGCCUUUCCUGCUUGUUAUGUAACAAAUGUAGCCCAGUCCACUCUUUUCCUCCCCUUUAGCUGUUCAAUAAACUAGUUCUUCAUUUUCCA